AUGGCCGCCAAAUUGAGUGAUGUUAUAAGUAAUCAGCCGUACCAUAUCUCAUAACACUAGAGCUCUACAUACGCUGGUUAAGGUGGUUUUAAAAAAACCUUAUAAUCCGCUCUCUUACCUGUACAGCUACCGGGAUGAUAGAGAGUGUGGUUACUCUUGCGCCUGCAAAUGUCCAGCAGACAAAAGCACUUGUUCUUAAAUGUUGUCGAGUUGGAUGAACACACUGGCUCCUCGUACGACGGGCAGUUGUCAUCACAAACACAGCGGGCAUCAAAUGCAGAGAAAGCUUUGCAGAUGGCAUGGUAAUCGCAAGUAACGUUUGUGCACGGGUCUAUAUCUUUUAGGGCAAAAAAACAACAACAAAGUCAGCACUUGUGUGAAUAGCAAAUUGACCUGACGUCCUAUAUCCUUUGAGAGCGCAACUGCUUUUAAAUUGUGCUUUGUUUUUCCCGUGGAGAAAAUUUAUGGCAAAAAAGGAUAGGAAAGGGGAAGUUACUUUUUCUACAAAAACGCUUGAAAAAGAGGUACACAGCUGCAUUUAUUCACCCAGAUAAUAAGACGAUCAAUACGAAGUUGUUCUUAAUACUUAAACGCCAUUUUUUAUAACUUCUUUCUUGGACAUUUGAUCAUAGUUUUUUACAGUGACAAUUGCCUGACUUUAUUCUUAUUCCAAUUUAUUUCUUCAAUUUGACCUUUGACCCAACGUCCAAAUGCCUUGAUAGUAGGACGAACCAGUAUGAGAGACAAAUCUUUGAAAUUAAAGAAUAAGCAAAUAUAAGAGAAGAAUCAUCAUCGUGAAAAUGAGUACGGAAAAUGACAAUAAGAUUGUUGAUUCAAGCUAUUGCUUGAAUUUGUCGUCAAGUGUUAAGUGCCACUUCGAACUUCUUCUUUUAUUAGUUAUAACUGCUUUACUCUUUAGCGAAGGCAUCUAUUUUAACCAGCAAAUAUUUGAAACAGUUUCAACUUAUUAGGUCUCUUCAAGGCUACUCACCUCAAUCCAGACAGUCAAAGCGUUGCUAUAGCGACCAUCUGCCUUCAUUGAUAGUUCCCUGGUGCCAUUUUCAUGGCUGGCAGACGCCAGAAUAUUGGGCGGCUCGUAGAAUGGAUUCUCAAACUUAUAAUCCUAAAAAUCAGGAUUUACCAAACACAAUAAUUUUCCCUCUGACUGUUUAAAGAAAUAUUGUCGCUUUCAUCCUUUUGAAAAAAGUGAUAUUGUCCCAGCUCAUUAAGGAAGUGAUUAGGCAAACUCUAGGUCUAUAAAAUAUAUCUAAUAGUGGAUGCACCUCCUUACCACGUAGCGGUCAACAAAUCUAAAUCACAACUCUUGCGAACAACGCAUGGGGUUUUAACGAAUUAUUGAUGAUCAAGAAGGUCGUAUCUCUUGUUGGACUUCAACUCUUAUUUCAAAAAUGCACAAUACGCCGAUGUCACAGUGUCCCUUGAAGAAACGACAAAUACACAACACAAACAUUGAUUGUUAACCACGUUGGUUUAAAGGCUUGAGUUUGGAAGUUAAUUCAAUAAAAAUUGAAUGCAUCAUUAAUAGACGUCACAUUUUCCAACCUGACAAAAGGCAUAAUUGUUCUCUUUCUUUGGUGCACCGAGUCCAGAAAAAUGAAGGCUUCCCUUCUCAGUAAAAUUCCAAGCCUCAGGUAGCAAAUCAUAAGCAAGCCAGUUCUGAAAAGGUGGACGCAAGUAACAGUCACAGCAUUGAAUGUCUUUCCUUAUGGUUUUUUAAGAAAAUUUAAGAUGAAGGUGGGAACCCUGAGAAAAAUUUGUAUCUGGAGUCUGAGAAAAAAGCAAAAUACCAUGACCUAUAUUUAACACUAUUCUGACCGAGCGUUUUUGGGCUUCCUUGGAAUUGGAGGGAAAAGGGACCUUCGAAGGCCCCUUUGAGAACAUUAUAACCACUCAUGAUACAGCCACUAAAUUUACGUAAAAUAGUGUAAUCAUCAUUCCAACAAGUAGGUGUAAUGUGAUUGACACAGUAACGUAAUUUGACGUCACUAAGAUGUCCUCGAAACUAAGAUGUCAAUUGUUCCCGUAGCCAUUAAGCAAAAAUAAUUAAAUUACUUAAAAAUCACGACGAUGGUUGACAAUUUGAUAAUCUUUAACAAUGGCAGUGACAACAUGAUGACGUCACUUGUUGCUGAGACCAUAUGUCUUUUUGGAUCUGCCAUUUUGAAUUAUUUAAAUUAAUUCCAUUUAUUCCUGCUAGUUGGCCAUUUUAAAUUCAAUUCAUUUUUCCAAGCUAGUCACUAAAAAGCCUAGAUCAUAUUAACAGCUACGUAAAUAAUGGUAAAUUAAGUGUGAUAUAAUAAUUCAUUAGAAGUAAAUCUAGAGAUAUUCAGCAAGAGUCGCCAAGUUUGAUGGUCCUAGCUUGAACGGUUUUAAUUUUAUUCAACAUUAAAGUGUUAGGAGGCCUCAAAGCCAACGGCACCGGGCUGAAGUAAACCCUAAAGUGAACCCUAAAGUUUCAUCUCAGAAUGGAUUAGGGAAAUGACGAGGAUAGUUUAUAUGCGCGACUUAAAGAAAACUUUCUUUCUUUUCAAAACACCUGCUGCACAUGCGCAGCAGGGGCGAUAUUUUCUUAAGGCUGAAAAGCCGUUCUUUGACAGAACCCCGCUUCCUGAUCAGCGCCCCCCUCCCCCCUUUUUCACUUCCAGUCCACCCCUCCACCCCUUUCGUCAGGCUGUCUUUGCAAAGCAAAUUUAGAGUUUUACGGUUUUAAAACAUUUAUGGGUUAGGUAUAACAAUAAUUCUUCUAAUAUAAUUUUUACGUAAUUUAUAAGGGGAGGCCAAACUAACCACCAGGUUUUUAAUUAGCUUCCAUACAAUCAGAUUUAAUUUUAAAUUUAAUUGAUAACAAGUAAGGACGAAGAAAAACGUAAUAGUCGAAGACUGGGCUAAUUUUUUAAAACUCACCACUUUAAGUCCGGUAUGGAUACCGUCGAAACUCAUAAACUCUCUCAAGCAAACAACGAAGCCGUCUGCUUUGACCGCUUCUAGCCAGAUGUUCAUGGAAUCAAAAGGACGGUUAGAAUGUUUAUGUUGAACGGUUACAAACACUUGAGGCUUUAUCUAAAAGAAGAGAAAAAAUCACCCAAUAAGUACAUGUACAUACUGAGCUUAAAUAUUAUUAUCGUCCUUUGCCCCGAAGAGGACCGGAUUAACAGUGCUUAACGUUAUGGACUGACGUUAUGACAAACCUAGGAGGAGAUUCUUGAACAGCAAACAAAACAUAGGAAAAAAACGGACGAUUUAUAUAGUGCUAAGCCCUUUUCUUGUUAAAGGGAUAUGCUGCGAUGAUAUUGCUGCUUUAGGCCACUUCGCAAUUCUGUGUUGAAGUAAUCACUGUGUCCAUUUAUUCAUGCAUUAAAUGUUCCUGCAGAGCCAUGAAGAAAAUAUCAAACAACUUUCAUCAUGGAGCACUAUAACCAUUACAUUUUUUGGUGAUUUUUGCAGGCAUAGUAUUUAAACAAUUUACAAAACAAGGCCUUUUUUUUUUUAAUUUUACUGAUGUGAAGUCGCGCGCGUUUUCGUUAUUUUUUCCCCUUAAGGUCAAAGCUGAGUUAUGAGUUUUUCGUGAGUAUUGACUUUAAAACUAACAUGGAAGACUAAAUGAAUUAAUUGGAUGACGUUGCGAAGUUACCUGUUUCUGAAUGCUUAGCGAUAUCUUCUUGCACUGUGUUCGUGACGUGAAUUCAUUAAAUUCCACGAUCCCUGAGUGUAUGCCUUGAUGCGAACCUUGAAAUGCAAGCCAGUUGAUCACAGACGUUCCACCAGAGCCACUUCCUGCUUCGCGCACGCAGGCUUCAAAACCUGUUGUUGACACCGACUUCACCCAAAGAGACGCUGGGUCGUGGAUUUUAACAUAUUUGUUUCCGUGACUGAGCGUCGCGAACACCUUUACAUCUCCCGAACCCUGGAAUUGAGUUUCGAAAGAAACGGCUUGGCAACCAUGGUUGUUUUGGGAAGUGUCGGUAAUAUUUACCUUCCCGGCUUGAAAGACAGCCCCUUGAAUGUAAAAAAUAAAAAUGAAAAAGAACUAUGAUAAUGAUAUACACGAUAACGAUAACAAUGACAAUAACAAUAACGAUAACGAUCAUAAUGAUGAUGAUGAUGAUGAUGAUGAUGAUGAUGAUGAUGAUGAUGAUGACGAUGACGAUGACGAUGAUGAUAGCCCUGCCAGAUAG